AACAAGCGUUGUUACCUCAUUUAUUCUUUUCAGUCAAUGUAAAAUGUAUUUUUUUUUAUUUGCAAAAAACUAAAUAUUACACUUGAAAGCAAAAAAUGAGUCCACCUUCUUCUGAUGAAAUCUGAUAUUGCGCCAAAGCUACAUUUUACUAUAGCCGGUAAUUUUGGGCUCAUGUUUACCUCAGGAGCCACGUGUCUCUGAACUUAAUGCAGCCAAUUCUUCAAAAUAUGUGUCAAUAUAUAGGAAAUUAUCAUGUAUAGAAAGAAUUACACGUUAUAGUUGGACUGAUAUUUUGUAGUAUAUCGGAUGGAUUUAUUUUUGGUCAGAUGUCAGGUAUGGUGGACGAUUUGCGCGGGAAAGAGAGUGAAAUUACAUUAAGCGAUGCUGACGUGUCUCUAAUAGCCUCCAUCAUCAAUGCAACGUGUAUCUUGGGAUUUGGUGUAGUCGCCGUGCUGAGUGAAAAAUUCGGACGAAGACUAACCAUUUCAAUCCUAAACGUACCUGUACUCGUCAGCUACAUCAUGCUAUAUCUAGGACAGAAUAUGGUAACAAUUGUAACUUCCAGGGUGAUUGUAGGCGUUUGCUACGGAGGUGUGCUGAUGUUGACGUACGUAGCCAUGGCCGAAUAUAUGACUCCUAAUAAACGUGCUUUCUAUAUUAAUUUAAUAUCGGCUACAGGACCAUCCGUAGGCACUGUUUUAGGUCAUGUUCUAUGCCUUUUGUUACAUUGGAGGACGGUCGCAUUAAUUGGAUUGAUUCCAACAGGAUUAUCAGCCUUAUUGCCUCUGUUUUGGAUCGAAAGUCCCUCGUGGUUAGCGAGUCAAGGCAGAUUUGAGGAGUGUAAAAAAGUUUAUAGAGAAAUAUUUGGAAAAAGUAAUGCAUCUGAAGCACAAUUAGAAUUACUUAUAGAAACUGAAAUAGCGAAACGAAAUGAAAUAACAGGAAACAAACGGAAUUUUGCUCUUAUAGUGCAAAAAAUAAGAUCUGCAAUGAAAAGAAAAUAUUUCUGGAAGAUAAUGAUAUUAGGUGCAAUUAUAAAUAUUUAUCGUAUCGCAGCCGGUAGAUUAAUGUUCAGUACAUUAGCUAUUACUAUGCUCCAAGAAUUAACUGGCAGUUCCGAUAUUCUACUCUAUACUUUUUACGUAGAUGGCUUUUUUAUUUUAGGUUCUAUAUUUUCAUUAUUUUCUUUAAGUGCAAUGAAAAUGAGACCACUAAUAUUUUCAUUAGGUUUUUUAGGUAAUGUUACAUUAUUAGUAUUGAGUGCUUCUAUACAUUUCAUAUCUUCUGAUAGUAAAUAUGUUUGGACAAUUAUUUCACUUUUAGCUUUUUACUUUAUAACUGUAUUAACGGGACCGUACGCCGUAUUAGAACCAUAUUUGGCUGAAAUAUUUCCGUUAGAUAUAAAGUUAUAUUGUGUUUUACUUUUGAGUUUCGUUGUAAGUAUCGCAUCAUUUCUGGCUGUUUUCUUAGCACCAUUAAUGUUUGCUACAAUCGGAUACGAUGGUGUCUUUCUUUUAAAUGCAUUAAUAGUAUUCUUAUGUCUCGGCUACCUUUGGUUCUUUAUGCCAGAGACCAAAGGUAGAACGCUGCAAGAAAUAGAAUACUUCUUUAAAAACAACAAGUUUAAUGAUUUGCUAGAAACGAAUAAUGAACAAGUUAUAGGGUUAUUGUAAUAAAAAAUUAAAAUAAAAUUAAACACUUAAGGGAUAUUAAUGUUAUUUAUUGUCGUUAAA